AUGCCGCACCUGGCACUACAGAUCAAGGGCGACUUUGCGAAUGUCACGCGGUUCGUGCCUGCUGAGGGCGUGGAUGCAGCUCUUCUCAUUCCGAUUGAGUGUACGCAUUGCCAUGAGGCGCACCCCAAGGCUGUAGCGCUGGACCCAUCGAACGUCGACGAGACGGAAAAGAGCCGUGGCGAGGUGAAUUUGUUAGUGAACUGCCCAGCCUGCCGCCGUGAAAAUACAGCGACGUUUGUCGUCAAGAAGCCCGGAUCGAAGGAAGACGGAAAGCUUGGCGAAGUCUCGCCGUACGCUGAAAUUGUGACAGACGACGACAAUGGACCUACGUGGCAUACGCUCUGCACAGUGGAGUUUCGCGUUCAUGGGCGUGUGUAG